GGCAGGAGUGAAAGCUUGCCAGGAGCGCCAAAUGUGCUAGGGCCGGCCCUGUGUAGCACAGUGAUUCUCAAACUGUGGUGGGGAUCGGAGGCAAAACAGGUGGGGCGCGCCAUAGAUAUGUAUAUAAAGACUAGAUGUCUUCCGGCGGAGUCUAGAACGUCAUCACUGGCGGCCAUCUUGCCACAGGCAGGCUUUCUGGAAGGAUCUGUGGUACCUGAGGUAGGGUUCCUCUCUGUCCUUGGCUACAUCAUAAACAUUGACACGUUGCUGGCGAUGGUUCCUGUGCUGAUUGAAGGACAGCGAUAUGUCUUGACCUACAGAUUCAGUCAUGACCACUUGGAACUUCUCUUUAACUCCAUCAGAGCAUUGGGUGGCUGGAAUAACAACCCUAAUGCCAGCCAGUUCAAGUACAUAUUUAGGAAGCUGAUGGCCCGGUGUGGAGUUGUUAAACCAUGCCGAGGCAAUGUGACAGCGCAGGAUGAGACAGAGUCCCUACUAGCGGUCAUCGACACCUCUACAAGCCUAUCGGCUGUAGAUAUGUCCUUUGCAGCAGGAGGAGAAGAAGAUCUUCCAUCCCCGUUUGCUGACAUUCCUGCCCUAGUACAUGACCACAGCUACCUUCCCGUCCGCUUCGAUGGUCUUGUGGACAACGCUCUUGUGUACAUUUCAGGAUUUGUUGUGCGACGGGCUCUGAAGAAGCUGUCCUGUGAUGUCCGCCGUGCCAGCCUGGUGACAGACGCUGCAUCUGCCAUCAAGGACCAAAGCUACCACCUGUUGUCUCUAAGAAACAAUGGAGGCCUGGUGAUUCCAUCAGAGGGCACAGUGAAGGUCGUCAGGGCAGCAGAGUGGGUCAUUUGCCAGGCUUCAUCGAGUCAUCAAACUGCUGGAGGUCAUGUACAUUGUACGGACGAGGAUCGGGUCAGAGGAUGUGUUUGUGCUUGGGGAGCACAUCGCCGACACGCAGUAUGGCAUAGACAGCCACCACCAUACGCUGCUGACAUUAGUUGUGUCACUGUUUUUUAAAAUAAGGCUACACCAAAUCGCUAAAAUUACUACACUGAACUUACAGAGCAACAACAUGCGACAGCAACUCAAUAAAACAGUCCUUUUCAAAGGGCAUUAGCCAAAUGUCACCACGGUUUUACAGAACUGAUCUUUGCACCAUACUUUUGGUUCCCUGCGCUGUUUUACCAAUCAGCGUCAAACAUUGUUAUUUACAGACGUACAGCUAGUUACUAAAGCAACAUAUCGUUAAAGAUAUGAUUUUACUGAUUUCACUGAUGUAAACCAUUUCAAGAUCCGAUCACCACAGCCGGUACAAUCAACGUCUCAGUCAGACCGGAAAUAGAAAAAAUAACGUUCACAAAGUCGAUGCGACUCACCUAAGAAUCACCAUUAUCAUAUCAUAUCAGCGUUUUACGCGUAUAUCACCAGCCUCUUCAGAGGUUAGUAAAUAUUAUAGAUUUGUAUUGAUUUCACUAUCUGGGUCGUUUUUUAUGUCUGUCCUCCAUGUGUAUACCUCCACAGUAGUCUAGUUCUCUCUAAAGGGGGGGAUUUUCAACAUGCAGCAUUUCUUUAUGUACAUUUGUAAAUCUUACACCUUUUUCUUACUGCAAAUAAAUGUCACUUUUAUAAAAAGAAUGUUACUAAUAUAAUACAAUAAUUUGAAUUAUUACUUGUUUAAACUAAACAUGUGAUAAUUCAAAUUAUUUUAUUAUAUUAGUAAUAUUGCUAUUAUAAAAGUAUACAUAUAUCUCAUGUUGCCAUUCUGUAUGUUGAGUUUUAGUAGCCUGUAUAUUGAUUUAACAUAAAAACCUUGUGCAUGUGUGUAUUUAUUGCCCCUAUCUGUUCUGUCUAAUGAUAUUUCCAUAUGAAAACCCAUGGUUAUAAUUAUUAUUAUUCAUAAGUAUACAUCUCAUUUGUAGAGGGAAAUCUUGUACCUAUUUUUAAGAACAUUAUUCUAUUUUUUAGAACAUAACAUAUUUUUUAAUAAGUAUGCAGUGUCAUAACUACAGC